ACCUUUGCCCCUGCCAUUGCGCUGCACUCCUGUCUGAAGCGGCCAGACCUCCUCCACCAUGAUGUUCGGAGUCAGGGUAUUCCUACAAAAAAUCCUGAUUCUUCUGCACGUUACUAUGUGUGUUGUCAUUGGCAAAACACUGAUGAUACUGUUCCCGAAUGCCAUGAAAAGAUACAUCCUAAAACAGGGCAAAAAGAGCAGAAUGAACGAGAAUCCAAAAUUCAGCUAUGAAAACUGGGGUCCAACUUUUUUCAGCUUCAACUAUUUGCUCUUUGUGCUGAAGGUGAAGUGGAAGAGGCUGGAGGAUGAAGCCUAUGAGGGACACCCUGCUCCCAACACGCCAGUGGUGACUUUCAACGGGGAAGUUCGUCAUCUCUUUGAUUUCAUGCAAGAUAACCGACCUUUAAUCCUGAAUUUUGGAAGUUGCACCUGACCUUCAUUUAUGUUAAAAUUUGAUGAGUUCAACAAGCUCAUCAAAGAUUUCAGCUCAAUAGCAGAUUUCCUUAUCAUCUACAUCGAAGAAGCUCAUGCAGUAGAUGGAUGGGCUUUUAAAAACAAUAUUGUUAUUAAGAAUCACAGAAGCCUUGAAGAUCGAAAAAUUGCGGCACAAUUUCUUCAGGAAAAUAAUCCUUUAUGUCCAGUGGUUUUAGACACUAUGGAAAACCUGAGCAGUUCAAAAUACGCUGCAUUGCCGGAACGACUCUACCUACUUCAAGGAGGGAAGGUCAUCUACAAGGGAGGAGUGGGGCCUUGGAAUUAUCACCCCCAGGAAAUACGCACCAUCCUGGAAAAAGUGAAAUAGAAGAAAAGAGGACUUCAGGGUAAAGACUGUCUGGAUGAAAAAGCCCCACAAAUAAGUUUUCACAGACAUAACUGUAAGAAGAAAAAAGAAUUUAAACAUAACAAUAGAGAUAACAAGAAUAAUGUACAUGUAUCUAAGGAGCAUCUGUAACGUGGUUCCUUAUGUGUUUGUGUAGAGGUUUUCAAGUCUCAUCACUAGAACUCCAACUACUGCACUACAGUAUCUUACCACACUUACGCCGCACGGAGUAACGAAUAGCGGUUGGGUCCAUUGAGUGGUCAGGACUGGAUACCAUCAUUUACAUUUGUAAGAAAUAUCACGCAGGACAAACUUCAGGGGUGGUGACAUUUGCAGAGGUCAACUGGCAUGCAAAACAGACUUCAGCUGAUGAAGAUUCUCUCUCCCUUGUAUACAUACGAUUUCCCAAAGUGUUCACUUUCACUGACUCCAGAAGGCUUCUGAAUAAGACAAUCUCUAUCAACAUUUGUUUCUAUUAAUACACGUUAUGACAGUCAUAGCAUAAAGCACAGACGGCUGUGACCUGAUUGUAGAAAGUAUUUAUAGAAACAAGGGAUUGAUCUGCAAUUAUUAAAAAUCUAUCAGAGCACUUCA